UAGACUUUUCAUAAAAAAUGUAAAUGAAGGGGCCAAUUCAACUUGGUUUGAUUUUUGUAAGAUGAAUGACGUUUUGGAUUUCUAUGUCAUUGAAUUUGCUACUUUUAAUGAAUGUUGUGAUGAAUUCUUACAUUCUGGAGUUACUCCUCUUGAUUCAACAGAUCCAGCCGUUAUGACAUUAAAUAAAUUUGCAGCUGCUUUAAAACAAUCUACCAUUGCAAAAGACAAAGUUUAUUUUGAAUUUUUAAUAAGCCCAACACCGAAACGUGAAGAAUUAGAAAAUUUGAACCAUUGUGUAUUAUCGUAUAACGAGUAUUGUGAAAACCACGAUUAUUACCUAGGAAGAUGGUGUGUCGAUAACCAGGACAUAUUGUAUAAAAAAGGUAAAUUUGCCAAAGAAAAUUCAAAAGGAUUCAUUGGGAGUGAUAUAGAUUUAAUCGAUCGUGAUGAUAAAUGUAAAUGUGGUAAUAAGUACAUAACGUUUUAUAUGUUAUUAGCUGGAUAUGAUAAUGCAAAUGAUCCACUAACCUGCAUAGCAUUCAAUUAGCCUAUUUAGUCUAAUAAAUACUAUUAUUAAUUGUUAUUGUCGAAUGCUGUAAAGAGGCACAAAUGUACUAUUAUAUUAAUAAAUUGUUUCUUUUACUAAUUACUAGAUCCUCAUAGAACGAUUUUUUUAUUUUGUUGUAAUCCAAAGACUUACAGUUAAUAACUGUAAGACUAUGUGACUGACACAUGUUGUAUAAUUUUAAUAAAAAUAAAAUUUUCAAGUAGGUACAAGUAGUGGUUGUAACUAGUUUCAGCGAAAAAAUAUUGAGUUUUCUGGAAAACUGACACCACGAUGGUAACGAUGAUUAGAUAACAAAUAAUAGAUACUUACCAUAGACAUAUUAAUAAAUGGACUGUUUCUUCACACACCCCGCCAAUG